CAACAUUUACACAAGCCCUUCACUCUGGCCCCAAGCACGCUUACAAAUCAGAUGAUUUUAACAUUGCCUUUAAUUAAACAGCACCAAAGUGGCUAGCAAGGAAAUGGUUAUAUCAAACAGUCUCACGGAAGAGCGGAAGUAUCUUCACGCAAGUAAUCCGAUAGUUUCAGAAGUUACUUUCUCAAGGACCCCAGAGCUAGUUGUUGGAAUGUUCCCAACAACUUAUCACUAUUUUAACACGAUAGACGGAGGCCAAGCGGAAUUAACCCCAAUAGUAGUCACAUCAAAACAUACUAUUGUUAAUACAAUCACGAGACCUGGACAUCUUUUGACUUUCUUACAUUCAUCCAAAGAACUUUCGCCCACCAUAAAUACCUACUUCAGUAAAAUAUUGCUUACCAAAACCGUAUACAAUGGAUUUCAAUCACCGACAUAUGUUACAAGCAAAAAUAAUCUAACCCAAGUUGUUAUCACAGAGUCAACUCCAGCAAAAAUUUCAACCUAUAUUUAUAGAAAAGGAACACAUUGUGAUUCAAUUUUGGACAAAAAUACUAUAUCAAAAGAAACUGAAGAUCUGAUUAUAUACUCAACUACAACCUUAUUAGAAACAUUAACUUUUUGUUCAACCAUGUUUAGAAGUAGACUGACUGGAACAGCUUCAUACAUUGAUACUAAAAGGACAGUCUGUAAAAGUGAUCCAAGUAUUCCUACCCAACACGAACAGCUUCUUACUCACGUUAUGAAAAAUAUUGUUACUAAUACUGUGAGCAGUUCUUUGUUUAACUCAGACCUAUUGGUUUCCUUAAAAUCCGAGCUUAUGCUUAAAAAGGGAAAAAACCAACGCCCAACUAUUGUUACAAUGGCCACUUUGUUGGGAGGUGAAAUCGUUCAAGUAACUGCCAUGAAUAUCAUUGAAACACCAGAUACAUUGAAUAGUACUGAGAAAAAAUUAUACUUUAGCUCUAAGCAACCAAACUAUUCUAAAAAUAUCAGCAAGAUUUUAGAAAAAACAGCCCUUUACAUGAAUCCUAUUUAUGAGAAAAAUAAUACAUUAUCAUCAUCGGAGUCUGAAAACAGUGAGAUCUACAUAGAGGAUAGUACUAAGCCAAAGCCUGGACAGUAUAGUUCUUUUGCAUCCUCGCAAGUCAGUGCAAGCGGGAACGUAAAUUUAGAACGAUUUCGCCCAAUGCUUAAUGUCGUAGCCCACCUUUUAAAAAAACAGUUGAAUUAUACACAAAAUCUAGAAAAAAACCGCCAGACAUUUACUAAAGAAACAAAAAAUAGCAAAGCUUCUUCCAAUAAGGGUUCUGCAAAUGAUACCCAAACGUUAUCUGCAACAAUGGAAAAUCCAGUUUACAUUCCUUUACAACAAAAUGAAAGUGGUACAAGUAAAAUAAAAUACUUGAACUCGAGAGUCAUAGAACAAGAAAAUGCAGAUAGUCUGGGCAAACUAAGAAUUAAUAGCUUACAUAUAUACCCACCAAAAAUGGACGUAAAGAAGAACUUUUUAAGAGCUACUCUAGCCAAAAUGUCGUAUCCCCGAAAUUCUGUAGAUACAGCAAAAGUGUAUAGCAAUGUGUUAGUUAAUACCGGUAUUCCUAUUAGACCUGGUGAGGUUAUAACGGCCAGUGCUAAUGUUAUUUUUGGAAGGCCAAGCAUGGAUAUAAGUGUUUCUCGCACUAAGUCAAAUGGCAAUACAACAAGCUAUCAUCACUCAACUGAGUUAACAUCAUUGUACUCUGGUAUUCCCUUCCAUUCCACUAUGUUACACAAUUCUCUUUCAAAUAACAAGAGGAUUGUGAUAGAAUAUGCCAGUAUAUUGAAGCCUCCACCGCUACCUGUAAAUAGGCCAAUACUACUACAUUAUCCAUCCACAUUUCAGUCUCAAUUGGAUAGAACAGUUGGCAGUCACAGGUUCUCACGCAUUGAUUUGGUACAAAAAUAUUCAAGCAGUGAUCGUUACUCUUCUCAACCAGCAAUAAGCUUGAAUUCAGCAUUUUACAGCAAUCAAAUUUUACACAUUUUUCGAAAUCCACAGAUAUUUGAUACAAGCCUACCAGCUAGUAAAAAUUAUUUUAGCAUGUCAAACACCUUUGACUACUCUUUUGUAAAUGAUUGUUCUCUAGACAAAAUAAAACCAACCCUGCCAUACAGAACGCCCUUAAUUGCUUCUACAUUUACGGCGCUUCGACAAGUCAACAUGAAAAAUGACGUUCUUAGUCAUACAGUUAAUAUGCAUGCCCGCCCACUAACAUUUAAAGGGGAAUCUGAGAACAUUCCGUAUGCAACAGCCGUACGAGGACAUAUUAAUAGCUUUUUAUUAAAUCGCAUCAAAAUACCUAUAAGCGACGCUAAGAUUGAUAUUCAAUUAACACACAACCAUAAGAGGCUCUUUCCCGUGGAGUAUAAAGAUGUAACUCCGAAGGAGGCUUUCACCAAAAUUAAACUACAAAAUGUUAAUUUAAUUAACUCAGAGAAUGCUCAGCAUGGCUUUUCCCUUGAAAACAUGAAAAAACAAAUCGGAACAAACAAGUACACUUCUUUCUAUAGAAAUGAAUUUCCCUCUCAAUUUACUUUAAACUUGAUAAGUGCGAACGACUCGUACGGUACAUAUGGUAACCCAACUAUGGAUAUCAAUGGAGCAAUUCAUGAAAAAGUGAAACAAGGUACUGUGCCAGAUCAAAAAGCAGAGCACUCAAAUGAAUCUUUGAAUUCUGUAAGGUUCAACUUUACCAAAAAGUAUGAUCAUACUGAAAAGACAAUUUCCAAUAAAUUAGCUUCAUUGCCUAAGAGUAACGAAAAACGCACAAAAUAUGUUGUGUCUUCAUACAAAAAGCUUGAAACCAGCCAUUCAAAUAAGGGGUUUCAAGCCACAGGUGAACAGUUUCAUAUAGGACCUUUUACGGAGUAUACAAUUAAUCCUGAAACUUCUAAAAUGGUUCCGAGGAUAGACAUUACGAACACUGUUCACUCAACGCAUUCGGGCUCUUUGCAUCUUGUCGGACGGCCUCAACUAAGAUCAAUUUCAUCUAAGGAGUCGAAGUCCCUUAGGUUUACGUCGAACGACGACCUUAAGUUAAAAACAUCUUCAGUGAAAACUAUUAGUAGUCACCAAUACAGGUCCAUCAUACCAGUCACCAAUGUAAACACGUUUACAUUAAUAACAAUACGAGAGCCGCUUUCUGAAUCUAAUAAAAUUAUGAAUGGUUCGACCUUAGGAAUAAAAUGUCAGUUCAAAGAGUGCAAAAAUAAUUUGCUUAAAGCGUUAAAGGACGAUAUCAAAAUACUGGAACCAUCUGAAAUGUUACAGGAUGAAAAUAGUUCUUUUUCAAAAAAAACAAUGGAAUGGGAUAAAUUAUCAAUGCAUGUGAGAAAUUCGAAGACAAUUAAUCAUUUGAUUUCAACCUCUUAUACACGGAAUGCAACAAAUUAUUUUAAUAUAUUAAAGCCCACCAAAUCGAAAAGUAUUGGUACAAAGAACUUAUCUGUAAUCAUAAAUAGUUUCGAUGUAGACCCAAAAAAUAUGUCCAUUGGCCACGCGAAAAGCAAAAUAAAAGACUCGAUUUCUAUUAGGCUACAGAAGGUACUAACAUCUUUAAGAACAUACAAGCAGUCACAGAUCAGUCAAAUGUCUAAACAUUUCAAGGAAUCCGACUAUCUAGUGCAGCCAUCUAAAGACAUAAUUGGACCCAGUUCCUCAAGGGCUGUUGAUAUUAUUCAAGAGCAAAGUAGUCUUAGAUAUUCGAAACACUCUGAUUCAAGAAACUAUUCGAGCAAUCUUUUCAUUUCGGACUCCAACGCAGAUGGGGUUAGCUAUGCUUCCAGCGAAUCAAACAGUAUACAACUGAGUACCGGUAUUGUUGAUUCCCUUGCGCAGACGAAUUAUUCAAAAAUAGUUUCGGCGGGUGAUUGCCAUCCCCCAUGCAGGUCAAAUAAAAAUGAAAUUUGCGUUACCUUUGCUAACUAUACAGGAACUUCAAAUGUUUGCGAGUGCCGACCAAGUUUUGGACGCAUGUUUCCGGAUCGCCCUUGCAAACCUACUUACACGUACGAAAUGAAGAUUCAAGCAUACUGGGCGGGAAACCAUUCACUAAAGCUGAACAACGGCGUAAAAAGUAACUCAACAGUCGAGUAUCGUCAUAUAAAUAGAGUUCUAUUAGAAGCCGCUGAUCGCAUGGUAAUGCAGUCCGAUUACAGAGACAUAUUUCAUGGAGUGCAAUUAAGAAGCUUUUUUUCUGAAAAGGAUACGUUAACGGCUACAUUCCUUCUUCAGUUGUCAGAGAAUAGCGAUGAGUAUCAGCUCACAUCCAUAUUUAAAAGAUAUCUACGUCAAAGCAACUUUAGUAUUGGAGGCACUGGAUUUUACACUCCAAGAAAUGGACAAGAUGUAUUGGCUUUCAAAGAUUUUGACGAAUGUGGUAAUGAAAAUUAUAACGAUUGCUCCAUUAAUGCUCACUGUUUUAACUUGGUUGGCAGCUACACUUGCAGCUGCAAGGAAGAUUAUGUGGAUACAGCCGAUAACGCUUUAUACCCAGGGCGCCAUUGCUCGGAAAAUAUAAUCGGCUGUGAUUGGUGUAACUUUAAAGGCAAAUGUAUAAACGAGUCCGUCGACAAAAUGCAGCAGGCAAUAACUACUUGCAAGUGCUAUUCUUGGUACGCUGGGACAAAGUGCCAAGUCAACAUAAAGAUUAUAAUGAUCUUUCUUUUUACAAGCGGCACAAUUUUGUCUACCUUGCUUCUAUUUUUUUACUUACUAUUAAAAUCAAAGCACGGCAACUUGAAAUCAAGCCAACUUUUUGCUGCUGGUUCCCAUUUACAUCCCAGCAUAAUAACAUCAACCGAGGGUUGUCGACCGAACAACCGAAAAAAGGGAUCCAAAAGUGAAUUUGGGCAGUGCAUGACAGCCAUGUCUAAAAAGAAAUCCAACGGUGUGAUUAAUACUAAUUUGAAGCAUGUUGUACUUCAAAAAGCCAGUACGACACGAAACUGCAAGGCUUUUUCAGUUUGUAAUAUUAGCAACGGUUCCAGAACAAGAAGAGAAAUUGAAGAAUUCGACUUUUCUCUUAGUAGUUCCGACUAUGGUCCUGGUGAUAAGGACCAAACCGACCGCUCUCUUACUCUUAUGAUUCCUCGUGCAAAGUUUCGAAUCUUUCAAAACUCCUUUUUGAACCAUAGUGCUUACAGAUCAACUGCUGAUAAUGAACAGCAAAGUGUAGUUCAUGAAGAUGAUGUUAACCUGAGUGCCUGCCGACCUACUGCCAUAUCUUUUGCAACUCGUUCAAAAUGUUCAACGUCGUCUGAUAAACACUUAUAUAGAGGCAUCAUUACGCAAAGAGCUGAUCUGGUAUCUGCGGGCUUUGAGGUAUCUGCCGUUGUUACCGAUAAAAGUGUAUUAGAAAUUCCAAUAGUACAUGAUGCAACUUCCCUUAAUGAAUCAUUUGAUGUUGGCGAAAAUAACACGAGCUCUUUAAACGAGGAUGCCAAUACAAUGACUGAAAGAGAUUUGGGUUCAACCUUUUUGUUACCACAUACACAUCUUUAUAAGCCCGACAAGAUACCGUGUGAUUUGUCCGGAUUUAGUUCGUUAUAAACAUCUAGUUUUUAGAGAUUUAUUAAAUUUAUCGUUAAUUAUAAGUACCUAAAUCCUAAAAAAUAACUUCGUUAAUUAGAUGCGAAACAGGUCAUUAAGCAUAAUGUUAAUAAAGUUAAGAUAAUAAAUCUGGUAGAUAAA